AUGGAACUUCGAUCGGUCACUGACAUGCCUACGGGGUGUAGGUCAAAUGUUUUGGUGGAUGUGAUCACGAAAACGGAUGAUUACAUCGUUUGUCGGGAUGUCCCUUUUGGGUCAAGCUUGGUUGUCCAAUUUGGUGGUCACAUGGACCAAAGAAUGAUGCUCUACCAAGCCACGAAGCUAGGUUGUAAGCAUGACCAACAUGAGAUCUUUGCCUUGGACCCAAAAUAUGAUCCUUUGCCUGUGAACAUCCCCAGGGAAUUGGACUUUCUUUCCUCUCACGACGUCCUGUGUGGGUUGGGUGGUUUCUCGUCCAGUUUCUCUUUUCUUUCGAUGUCUGUGAUCACUGCGGUUGAUUGGAAUUGCCUUGCUUCGGUUUCCUAUCAAAUGAAUCACACCACCUCUUUCCUGUUGGCUGACAUAGAUCACCAUGACACAGUUUAUAAGAUGCACCAGGCACAAAAUGCAGCUGGCUGCCAACCCGUGCUAGCAGCUGGAAUCCCUGUUCGCAGCCGCACUCUGCCUGCUGUCUUAAGGGCAGCAUACUGGUUGAACACAGCUGGAUUGCUGCUGGAGUGCGCUCCAGAGGCUGCUCAUGAUUUCAGCACCCAGGCUGCCAUUCGUGAGUACGCCCAGCUGAGAGGUUGUGACAUCUUCCAAAAAGUUUUGCAUUUGCAUUCGUGUUGGCCAGCCCGUAGAUCACGAUGGAUUGCAUUGAUUGUUCCUAGUAGCCUUGGUUUUUCUGGGUUUGAAGAUUUGCCUGUACUGCAGCCUAUGCCAGUUUUGGGUGAGCUGUUUCCAUAUGAUCCUUGGCCGGUUUGGCCACAAAAGGACGAGCAGCAACUUCAAUGGACCCCCAUUGAAUUGCAAGCCUAUCGUUGUCCCGACUUUGGACCAGUGAAUCGAAAGCUCAACCUUCAAGAGCCAUGUCCGACUGCAUUGCACAGCUGGGGUUCCGUUUUGUAUGCGUGCCCUUGCGGUUGCCGAGACCAGGGCAUCAGCCCAUCCAGCUUGCAACGACAAGGACUCCGUGGAGUUGAGGUUACCUCCGGCUUAUGGCCACAUGCCCCUAGACAUGUUCAUCCGAAAGAACUUCAGCUCAUCAUGGGAUUUCCGCCUUUUGAGAAAACAUUGGAGGAUUGUAGGGCGCAGUUGGUUCUUUUCGGCAAUGCCAUCUCUCCCAUUCAAGGGCUUUGGGUUUAUGCCCAUCUCCUGAAGCAUUGUGGACUCUCACCAUGGGGUAUGACGCCUAGGGAGCUUUUGGUAAGGUACAUGAACAUGUUGCUUGAUCAACGAAACCUGGUUUGGCCUAGCCCUACUGCAGGAGUAGCCACCCUGUCAUUGACUUUCCAAGGUACCACCACUGAGGUGACUUUCAGUACUACUCAGACAGUACGUGACUUGGUGCGUGCCGAGGCACUUCUGCAAAGUGCUGUGCGGGUACAAAUCAGCUGUGAAGGGGUUGUGUUGCCUGAUUGGGCUUUUUUGCAGGAGCGAAGCUAUCACAUGGAAUUGUUCCAAGAGCCAACAAGAUCCGAGGGUCUCCUUGUGCCUGUUGUGCUUGAGCACCUGGGUGUUCGUAUUUUCCAUUUGGUGCCAGAUUGCAUGGCGUGCUCCGUUUUCCUGCGUUGGGCUGGAAUUCCUGACUUUGUGGGUUUGGUGGAUGAAUGUGGUAGCAAGAUUGACCCCAGCGGUAGUCUGCGUCCUUGGCAAACAGUGACUGUGCAGCUGUCACCUGAAGAUUUGGAUUUUGAAUUGAGUCUUCGCCUGAGUGGAUUUGGACUUGAUCAGAUGACAGGCAGGACUGGCAGUCUGCGUGUGUCGGAGUCUUUUUGCGGCACUGGUCUUUGGCACCUAGACCAACUGGUGCGCUCUGAUUUGCUUUUGUCUUGGACUGGUACAAAUUUCGCAUCCCUUACGUGCUGGCUCCCGUCUUUCUCUGCGGCGGUUGUGGAAUUUUGGCCGAGUACCAUGGAAUCACACCUUCUUGAUUGGUUGACCUUGGAUCGCGCCUUGGUGUUUGCCAUCACUUGGGAGUCUUGGGGUUGGAAUUUGGUCAGUUUUGGUUUUGACGCUACCAAGUUGGAGGUCACCUUUUUUGAGCCUGAAAAUGAGACGUCAAGUGUGGCAUCGUACCUUGCUUACCGUGUCAAAAGUGCGGCCAAACGCCCUGCCUAUCUGGAACAUUACUUGCCACUUUGCUUUGAUGCAGGUGACAAGGGUUCUCUUGGACUUGUGCUUGAAGCUGUGGAUUUGGCUUUGGGUCUUCCAUCGUUUGCGGUGUCAGCUUUGCGGGCAGCACGAACAGCCCGCUUCAGCAGGAGUGAGGAUGACACGAUGUCUUUCGAAGCCAGUGUCUCAACCACAGUGCCUUUUGAAGUUCAUGAGCCAAUGCAGUUGCCAGUCCCGGCAGCUGGGCGCACUGUUUCUCGGGGGGUUUGCCAUGGUCUCACUGUGAAAUUUGUGAUGGAUUUUGCACGAGCCUUGGCUCAGCAGGGUCAGCAGCAGAUCACAUCAUCUCAGAUCAAGGUUGUUCUUCUUGGCAGUCAGGCCUGUGACCUUAGUCGGUGCACGUUUCGAAGCUUUGAGCCAACUGAAGCGCCCAUGUGGAUUUUCACACUUGUGGACUUUCAUUGGACAGUGUUGCACUGUUACCGGGAUGGUCAAACUUUGUGCGUCGAACACUUUGAUGGUCUCUGCCAAACAUCCAUUUCUGAUCUCACGUCUGUGGUCCAGGUUUUGCGUUCGGCUUGGAAUACCCAGCAUGUGCAGGUGUCUACUCAGUGGAUUUUUCCUCAGUCUCGUUUGGAUUCCUGUGGAACGGUUGCUUUGGCGCAUUUUGCUUACCAUAUUGGGUCCAUCACGUAUGAGCAGGCAUGUCAUUUUGAGGACUUGCAUGACAGCUUGGCAAUCUGCAGCAGCAUGUUGCAUUUUCAGGGUCCGAUUGGAUUUGGGACUGAAGAAGAGGCCAUCAUCAAAACCCUUGAACAGAUCCUGCCGUCCAAGGGCGUUCCUGACACUGAGGUGCGCAGCAGAGCCCAAGCAGCCAUCAAACUCUUUGGCACAAAGGCCCUGCAGCAAGCCGUGCAGAACAAAAAUGUUUGGGCGUCGUUGAAAAGCCUGGGCAACUCAAAACCCAAGCCAUUUUUGUGGGUGAAACAUCAUGAAUUGCAGCAGCAUAUACAGGACAGGGCCCAGACCAAGUUUGGAGCAGUGGAUCAAAAGAAGCCCGCCAAAAAGGCAAGCCGUAGGGAACCUGUGCUGUCCAGAUAUUUGGAUCCGGCUUCUCUUUUGUUGCCACCGGACUUGUUCAUCACCAAUUGUGGUUCUGUUCUCCCACAACUUCAGCUUGAUGAGGUUCAGAAAGACGCUCGAGGUAUCGCCUUUGCAUCUCCUGAUGCGGUGCAGCAUUUUCUUGCCGAUGGAAAAAUGAUCAGCCAAGAGGGCCUCGCUCUGCUUGUUGUGGGACAGAUGCCUGAGCACACUCCCCUGUCAUUGCCUAUGCAUUCUUUGCGGGUUCCAGCCAUUUACAAGGGAACCAAUGAACCAGUGAUUUUGGAUUGCACUUCCAUUCAGCUAGGUGACCAGGCUGUUUAUCGCAAGACUAGUCAAGAUGCCCCGUCUUUGACUGUUUGUCCAACUCGUGUCUUCCGUGUCCAUGUCUUCAAGGACCUUUGGCAGCAGGAACAUGACUGGGAUGAGUUCCUUGGUCACCCAGUUCGGUCGUUGGUUCAGGCUUUUCCCAUUUUUCGACUUUGCAAAGAUGCUGACUGUGAUCAUCACUGCUCCCUAUUUCAUCCGUCUCUUGAAGAGGAAGGAGUAGAGAGUGGACUUGUUGAUGUGUGGGCUUUUCGUUGGCAUGGUCUUGACGGGUCAAAGCAGCCUCAAGCACAGGCUGAAGUUCUUUCGGUUUAUGUCAGGGUUCCAGAGUCCAGUUUUGACCAGGUCCAUCGAUCCUCAGGUACACAAGGUGUCUUUUUUGAACCCCGCAGCUCUGACUCACCUGGCCCGGACGAUGCUUUUGCGGUCAUUUGGGUUCCACAAAUUGGAUUGAGUGAUGCGCAGCACCGAGUGCGCACCUUGGAUCAUUGUGUUGCUGUCUGCCGGCUUGGACUUAAGUAUGGCAUUCGUUGUUUGGUCAAACACCAAGAAGAGCUGCACAAGACCUUGUGCCCGUCCCGGCCUUUUGUCCAUGUGUCUGUCAAAGCAGUGUAUCGUCUUGAGCCUCUUCCUGCAGGUACACAGCGAACAUCCUUGGUGGAGAUCCUUCGCAGUUUUGGCUGGAAUGCGAAGCCUUUGCAACCAUGCAAAGGCAGCCAGGGUCAAGCAUGGCAGGUUGGGGCGGAAUCAGAGCCCCCAAAGCCCUUUAUUGAGUCCCAGCAGGGUUGGAUAGGAAUUUCAAAGGUCAAGGAUGCAACUCCAGUUGCCAAACCACAAGGCCUGAUUGCCACCAUGCGAACAAAGAAGCACAUUCAGGAGGCGUCAGCCAGUUCCUCCUCAGGCACUGCAGAUCCUUGGCAAACUGGCCCAGACCCAUGGGGAGGCUAUGCCAAGACCACAAAAGCUGCCGCUGUUCCGACACAGCAUGUCCAAAGUAGGUUGGAGGAUGUUGAAUCACGACUUCAUGAGCAUGUCAAGCAAACGGUUACCCAGGAAGUUCACCAACUUCCGCAGCAUCCAGCCACUGACCUUCGUCUUACCGCAGUCGAAAGCCAGAUUCAAAGCUUGGUUGAAAACCAGACGAAGCUUGAGCAUUGGGUUCAAGACGGCAGCUCAAAGAUUCAUGGCUUGCAGCAGGAAUGUGGACAGCUUCAAAUGACAGUCCUUUCUCAAGGUCAGACUUUGCAGCAGGUCGCCCAUGAAGUGAGCCAAUGCACCAGCAGCUUGCAGAACGUUUCAACCGAGGUCUCUGGACUUAAGACCGAUUUGGGCAAGCAUCUUGACUCGUACUUCACCAAGCAGCAGGAAGCCAUCGAGGCCAUGCUUGCAAAGAAGGCACGUCACUCGCCUUCAAAUUGGAUUUUUCGUCUUUGGACUUUUUUGAUUUUCUUCUGUGCGCACUUUUGUCGGAUUGGUGAAGCUGCGGUGCCUGGCCCGCCUGAGGGCGUUGACUCUUUUGUUGAUUCCCCUGAGUGGACUUUGCCGGGGAACAUCAGAAGCACUUUGGGAGCACCAGCGGCCUUGCGGCCUGGCUCACAACAGGCUGGGUCAUGGACUGGGGUUCUGAACUUCGGUGAUUGUGCCAUGAGACAAGUUCCUGGUCUUUGGCCUGCCGGCGAAUAUGACAGUGGGCGGGUGCUUUUGACGGCCGCACAUGUUCAUGGAUUUGAACUGGUGAGUGCCACGGUGUAUCUUCCCCCCAAGGGACCAACCUAUCCUCGAGCAGUGGAACUCAGUGAAUCUUUGCUCACCCCAAUCACUGAGGAACUUGUUUUGGGACGUUCUGGGUACCGGGUUAUCCUUGGCGAUAUGAAUUGCCCUGCUGGCUCCUUGCGUCAAAUGCAACUUUGGCAAUCCUGUGGAUGGAUAGAACUGCAGGAUCUGAUGUUCCAGAAGUAUGGCAUUCCAAAGUGCAUCAAGAUCAGUGGAUUUCUUCUCCUGACUGGGGUCCUCUUUUUCAGUCAAACCCGUCACAUGUGGUGCGUGCCGGAUUGGCUACUGUUCCGUCGGGUGAGAUCCCUGGAUCACAGCACUCUGCUACCUUGGACUUUCGGCGAUGGAGUGCGUCAUUUGAAGAGCAGGAGAACUUGCGCCUGCUUCGGGGUUCCUGAACCGUUCGGUUGUGCUCCUCGCACCCUGCCUGUCGUUCCUCCCGGUCAGAGCGUUGCACAACUGGUCUUUGAUGACUUUGUUCAAAACUACAGGCGUUAUGAGCAUUGGCACAAUUUGGUUCGUGCUCCCGAGCCUUACCAUGUCACUGACACGGCCACGUGGACUUUGCAGGGCCUUCCAGCUCGGGUCAGAGUUGUUGAUGAUGUUUAUCAAGUUGAAUCGGAUCUUGUCCUUGCCUCGGGUCAGUCCCUUUCUUGUCAUACCAUGACCACAUCUCCUGAAGAGAUUCAUGAUCGACUUCAUCAGCUUUGGUCUCCACGUUGGAAUCGCCAUGCGGAAGUUCCCGAAGCCACCUGGGACGACGUUUGUCGCUACGCUGUUGACACUUUGCCAGCUGGCCAGAUAGAGCUUCCUCCUAUCACUGUCCAAGACUUCAAACGUGCCGUGCAUUCCUUUAAACCCAGAGCGGCCACCGGCCCUUGUGGCUGGACUAGAGCGGAUUUGGCGCACCUUACUGAUGGCCAAAUCCAACAGAUCCUUGAUGGAUAUCAUAUGAUUGAAGCUGGACAUGCCUGGCCUCGUCAAUGGUGCAUUGGGCUUAUACACUGCUUGCAAAAGAAAGACUCCAGUGUCUCAGUUGAUGGGUACCGUCCUAUCACUGUCACCAGCAUCUUUUAUCGACUUUUUGCUGGCAUUCGUGCGGGUCAGAUUUUGUCUCAGCUGGCCAAAGCUGCGGAUGAGAUGCAAUGUGGUUUCAUGCAGGGUCGUCAGGCAUCGGAUGUGUGGUUCUUCAUAGGGGUUUGCUUGGAGCUCUCCACUCACCAGUCUACCCCUGUCCAUGGAAUUGUGGCCGAUCUUGUCGAGGCCUACAACACACUUCCUAGGUUUUUCGUUGUCAAUCGGUGUGUCAGCGAACCCCUGUUGUCAGUGACUGGGUUCCCUGAAGGGUGCCCUUUAGCCUGCGCUGCAAUGACUGCCUUGGACUUCUUUUGGCACUGGGCCAUGCGUUCCCGGGUUCCUCGUUUGCUCCCUGUUAGCUUUGUUGAUAACCUUGAGUUGGUUUGUGACCGUGUUGAUGAUCUGGUGUGUGCGGCCGAAGCUCAAAACCAGUUUUGUUCCCUUUUGGACUUGGAAAUCGACCACCCUCGUCUUUAUGCUUGGGCUUCUACCUAUGCUGGGCGUCGUGAACUCAAAUCAAGGGGGUUUCACAUCAGCCUUGGGGACAGAGACCUUGGAGGUCAAGUCAUAUACUCAAAGCAGUUGCGAAACAAAAUCCUCACGGAUCGGAUCGCCAGUGUCCAACCGUACUUUGGAAAACUGCGCACUGCGCCUUUGCCGGUGAAAGCCAAGAUGCUCAAUAUCAAGCAAGUUUUGUGGCCUCGGGCUCUCCAUGGCAUUGAAGCCGUCGCCUUGGGUUCUACACAUCUUGCAAAACUCAGAUCUGGUGCCAUGAAGGCCUUGCGAUGGGACAGACCUGGUGCUUCGCCUCACAUUCGUUUGGGCUUGCUGCACUAUGACUUGGAUCCUUUUUGGCAACAAACUUGGAGGGUGCUCAAACUUUUCAAACAGCAGUGUUCCAAAAACCCCACUCUGAGGGCUUGGUGGGGUAUUUACUGUGACCAGCUUGCAGGAGCAGACACCAAUGGACCAUUUGGCAAGGUCCAAAGUGAACUCAAUACCUUGGGUCUCCAUAUCGAUGCGGAUGGCAGACUCUGGUUUUCAAACAAUGCGUUUGUGCAGGUUUUUCAGGUUUCUGAGACUUUGUUGCAGAAGGUGCUUUUGAGCCACUUUCAAAACCAUGUCGCUAGUCAGGUGCAGUGUCGUGCUGGCUAUGAAGAUUUGGAGGGCUUUGACUUAGGUCUUACAACAGCCUUUGACGGGCGUUUCCAGCCAGCUGAGGUUGAGCAGCUCAUGAUCGUGCGUGAUGGUGCUUUCUUUACAAACAGUGCCCAGUGUAAGUUUGACUCUCGAAAGACAGCAAUGUGCGACUGGUGCAAGGUGCCUGACACACGGAUGCAUCGAUACACCGUGUGUUCCCGGUAUGAUGCGAUCAGAUCACACCAUGCUAAACUCUUUGCCGAGUGGGAUGAGUUCCCAACCUGUUUCAAGAUCGGAGGCCUUGUGCCUCGCAAUCCAUGGGAAAACCUUGUGUGGGAGGCGCUUUCUGCUCUCCCUGACUUGACGCAGCAGUAUCAGUGCAUGCCCAAAGGAAAGGUGUGGCAUCUGUUUACUGAUGGCAGUUGCGACAAUCCUCUUUCACCUGAUGAUGCUCUGGCUUCUUGGUCUGUGAUUCUGGCCGAUGUGGGACCGAUCAGUGCUGGACCUUUGAGAGGUAUUCAACAGUGUAUCAUGAGAGCUGAAGUGACUGCCAUCCUGAGUGCUGUAGCUUGGGUAGCUAAGUACACGGGUGACUUGCAUCUUUGGGUUGAUAAUCAGAAUGCUGUUGAUCAUUUGCGUGAGUUGUUGCUUGGCACAGGUGACCCGGAAAAAUUUGAACAUUCAGAUCUGUGGCGGCAGAUUGCAACUUUGGUGCAUUUUUCGAUGGCCAACAUCCAUGUCCACAAAGUGGCAAGUCAUGUGGAUGUGCAGGAUAGCACUGGGCCUCUGGAUGAUUUUACCAAAAAAUGGAAUGAUCUUGCCGACUUUCAGGCCAAAUUGGCAAACAACAGUAGACCGCGUGUUUCAGGUCAGGUGUCCAGCCAACAUUUGGUUGCGGCUGGAGUUUUGGUUCCUCAGCUGUCGGUACAGUUUGGCCUUUGUCACGAUCUCAGUGUCAGAGCGGUGCAGAAACCUGGACAAGUCCUGUCCUUUCACGAGGGGUUGGGUCGGCUCAUGACGCCCAGCGUCAAAGCGAAGAAGAGGGCCCUGAGCUAUGCCAACAAGACAUCUUGGGGUUCCGCACCCAUCGUCGCCGUCCACCUUCGAACACGAGAGGUUGGAGAGGACAAUGAUGAUUGGCCGGUGGCCGACGCACCGGAUGAGGAGAUGCUUGCCAGCUUGACAAAGUGUAUCGAGCAGGCUGUCCACAUGGAGUUUGGAGAUGUGGAGGCGUGGGAUGUGUACCUGGCCAGCACCACGGAAAAGGCGCGGAAAGUGGCCUCGGAACAUUUCAAGCUGAGCCCUAAGUUGCGCAGGAUCUUGUCCUUGCCGAAACUGGAGCGCAAUCGGCACACCGGCUCCGGCGCAGUGGACGCCAUGGCCGAGGCGCUGCUGAUCUCCCGAGCCGACAUCUUUGUGCGCUUGGUGGUGGGAACUCAUGGAUUUAGCACCUUCGCCUUUAUGGCCAAUGCUUUGCGGUCCCAUAGCGAGUGGGCCGCCAGCUUACCGCCUCUAAGACGUGAAGGGUUUGCCCCGAACUAUGUGGUGACCUCGAAGUGCGGUGAGCAACGCUGCUUCGAAGCACCACCCGAGGUACGGAUGGCAGAUGUGUCCUUCCAUGGAAAGUACGUCACUGGCAGAUCUUGUGGCGAUGUGGUGGCGCGGCUGCAGCAGAAGAUCGGCUGCCCGGCCCUGACGCCCAUCGGUCAAGGAGAUGCGGAAGAGGAACUCUGA